GGAUAGCGCUCCUCAAGGAGAUCACAGUGCCACAGCUGUCCCAGCUCGUGGAGCACACCAACAACUUUAUCGAAUAUUACAGCCGCUCUGUUACUGCCCUCCCGUGGCCCCAGAGUGUCAUCGACGUUGGUUCGUCGCAGCCAAGCGACCUCCAUAUGGACUGUAUGCAUCUUCUGAGCCACGUUCCCGAAUGCGUCAGCAACUUUGGACCCAUGUAUAUCUAUCAGGAACUCAGCGCCCCCAGCACCAGCGCAGCAACGGAUCCUUCAGAAUCGCACUCUGGGUCGUCAUUCUCGGUUGCCUCCGAAAGAUCAAACCGAGUCUACAGCCUCACCCAGCCCAUCCUGAAGCUGCUUGGACCUCGCAUCCACGACGACGCUGGGAAGCAAACGCUCAUGGGGCACGGUCGGUCCAUCACUCUCGAUGCAUCCAGCGUCCAGCUGCUCCAAGAGGCCUAUGCGCAGCUCUAUCUUGCACACAACCCGGUCCACAGCGACAACCACGCAAUCGUGAUGGAGAGCAUCCGCGCUUUCUGGAACGAGGAUGCACUCUGCGCCGUUUGCUAUGCAGGAUUGGCCACUGACGACGGGGAGCUAUUUGUUCAGGGCCAGCUGUUCAGCCACGAAUUUGCCAACACCCGCAUGGACGCCUUUGUAAAGGCUGUCUCAGGAAGGCAUGAUCGAAAUACCCCCCUGAACUUUCAUCCGCCCCUGCGACACUAUCGGGUGGAGUACCUUCUGAGCCACACUCUGCGCGAGACGACAACCUACUGGGCCUAUUGCAGCAUCCCUGAGAUUGAUGCCAUCUAUGGCAACUUUGAAAUCGGAUACCAGCCCUGUCCCUUUACUCGCACGGUUUGCUUCAAAACUGUCGAGACCGAGCGCAAGAUCUUCAUCCCUGCCGCGACAAUUCUGUCGACAGUGGGUGUGCUCCGGGUCGGCGAGGUUGCUAUGUGCUCGACAAAUACGACCCAACAUACUGAGGAAACUCGGCUGUGCCGGGACCUCUUGGGUGGUGAAGCCGAGUAACCAAGACCUUGGAAGGCCGGUGACCCCGCCCCCGAGGAAGCCGGUCCACGGAAUCAAUCCCGGCAGUGACACUAUCGGAUUUGAAUCGUCGGCGCUGCUCGUGGAUACCCUGGCCUGACA